CAGUGGGUCUAGUGGAAACUUUAAAAAUCUUGUAUGAAACUGCUGGCGCGGCUUUAAAAUAAUUUCACACACAAAUGGUCCUUGUGUGACCUGCCACCAAGAGUUGCCACUUUUUUCGAUGACUUUAAAAAUUUUCCUGUGAGAAACAGCAGUUCCAAUUUUAAAACAAUUUUACACAAAUAUUUCUUGGAUAUUUGGGGUGUGAUAUCAGGGUUUGACUGUCUACCAUAAUUGUUCAAAAUCUUGCCUUGCCCUAGAUUCAAAAAUAGCCAUGCCCAUGUGUACAUGUGUAACAUGUAUAUAAUGAAAGGCCUUUGAAUAUCAUCUUUUCUGAAUCUAUAGAUAUUUAUAUAAGCAUAACUCUGUACUUGUACCAUUACGUUAUACAAACACACUUGAAGCCUUUUUCACAGGUUAGCGCUUUAGGGUCAAUGAUCCUCUUGUUUAACAGUUUAUGAUUUUAGACCAUUGAAGUGAAGUCCACCCAGCUUGACACAACUCAUAAAUUGGAAAGAUCAAGACUAUAACUCUUUCUUGAAUCAAUAUAACAUUGUCACCCAGACUGAACAUCAAAGGCACAGUAUUUUUGAAAAUGAUAAAAUUGGUAUUUAUUACCAGUAUAACCUUUUUCAAACAAAUGCCCGUCAGCUUAGCUCAAUAGGGAGAACGCAGAUCUAUGGAUCGCGGGGUCUUGAGUUCGAUCCUUGGGCGGGGCGUAUGUUCUCCUUGAACUUUCGAUGAAAGACAUUGUCAUUCGUUCUUCGUCUCUGAUUCAUGUGGGGAAGUUAGCAGUUACUUGCGGAGAACAAGUUUGUACUGGUACAGAAUCCAGGAUAACUGGUUAGGUUAGGCCGUUACAUAACUGAAAUAAUGUUGUUAAACGGCGUUAAAUCCAAAUCAAACUUUUUUAUUCAAACAAGGUUUUUGGUGGGAUUCUGAAUCACAUUUAAUGAUAGCUCUAGUUAAAAUUUAAACGCUACAUUUUAGGGAAAACGCUAAUUUCCUACUGUCACUUUUGUUUGAGUUUUUAUAGAGUAAUAUAUAACACCAGUACAUCUUUAACAUCACUACAUCAAGCAGUUAAAAAUACAUUAAAGAACUUACCAUGUUUCAGACACUAGGAAUGUAAUAAAAAUGCAGUUGCGACUGUUAACUGAGCACAAACUAUUUGAAACAGACUGUAGAUUUGGAGCGGAUUAUGCGAAGUAUACAUAAUUGAAGUAUUGACUGUUUGCUAACGUACACGUGUAGGGUACUCGGUUGUUUACUAACACGAAUUAAUAUCUUUUUUGCUGGAGUUACAGAUUACUCAUAAGUGAUUUUAAAAUGGCCUCGGGAGAAGAAGCUGUUGCAGCACCAAAACGGGUGGUAGCCGUAGCGAUAGAUGAAAGUGAAAAUUCAAAGGAUGCAUUCAGAUAUUACAUGCAGAAUGUGCGAAAAGAUGGGGACAAAGUAUACCUGAUUAAUGCCGUGGAAAUCAACAAUGUUCUCCAUUCAUCACAAUGGUACAGCUCGCCUUAUUCUUUCAACCCUGAAACGCUGCAAAGGUUACUAGAGGAAGAAAAAGCGAAUAUCAAAAAGAAACUAGAGAAGUUUGCGGAACUUCUAAAAGAUGCUGGGUGUGACGGUACAGUGAAGAGUAUUCACGCGGAGUCACCAGGCGAGGGUAUAUGCAAGGCUGUCACAGAAAUCGGCGCUUCCAUGGUUAUCAUAGGCACUCGAGGAAUGGGGGCAAUUAGACGCACGUUACUGGGCAGCGUAAGUGACUACGUCCUGCAUCAUGCACACGUGCCUGUGUUAAUUUGCAGGCAUGAAAGCAACCAUCAUCAGCAGCAAUCUAAAAAGCAAUAAGAACUACUCCGGCCAAUGUUACGUUCAUUUAUCAAAUUAACAUAUCGUGGGAUAUUAUGGUUCUGGUGGCCAGCUUGUUUGUUCUUUAAACUUUGACACAUAUGAUUACAAAAGCGUGUAUCUUGCCUCACUAAACAUUGCUAUAGGUGCGAUGGUGUCCUCUCGAAUAUAGAUACUGUUUCCCACCUAGUAAAGUUCGUUGACAGAAAAAUAAAGGAAGUUCAGUCUUUGAUGAAGGAUGAAGGAGGAGCCUACAUGAAACAUAAUGCGACCUUUAAUAUAUAUAUUUCAAGAUACUUUACUACUAAUCCUAGUGUUUAUAAAUUUAUACAAUUGUUAAACGAAGAUAAAAAUCAGUACUGCAAAAUUAGCACUAUUCUUUAUUAGAGCCUUUGAAAGACGAGACAAUGAAUUAGUUUAAUGUUUCUUUAUUACUAUAUGACUUUGUUAUAUUGUGUUAUUGACAUGCUCAGGUCCCUUUAUUUCUAUUAUUAUUAUCAUGUAUUCGCUCUCUCUCUCUCAACGCAUGCAUUGUUAUUUACAUUUAUAAAACAUGUUGUUAUGACGAUGAGUAUUGUGCUCAAGUCUAAAUAAACCAUAUGUUCUAUUCUGUUCUGUUUAAUAUCGAAUGAACUCAUGUUUAUUUAAAUUUAUUCCAGUGAAUUUGUUUAAGAUCGUAUAUUAUUGUAAUUUAUGUGUAAAAAUAAUCAGUAGAAAUAUGCAUUAUUUACUCAGAUAUUGCAAAGUUUUACUUUAAGAUGUAUUUGAUGUGUGAGUCCAAGGUAAGUCUGUUUCAUUCUAUAAUGUUUUCAUAUGACAAUAACGUAUUUUAUACGUAAUUUUCAACUGUUCGUUAAAUAGUUCGUCUGUUUAUUUAAUGUUUCACCUGUCUAUAUUUUUUUUUUAAAUAUCAUUUCUCAAAAUACAUUAGCUAACCUAGUAACAUAAUUAUGUUAUUUAAACCGACUUUCUUUCAUGUGGGUCGCGAUUAGUGUAAUAAUAUUGAAGGUUUUAAACUGUAACAUUGAUGGAGCGAGUGAGACUUAUAAACGAUUGAGAACAUAUUUUAAGUAUACCCAAAUUUUGAAGUUUAGGUUCAUGUAUCUAUUAUAUGACCAGUACUGUACAAAAUAAUUAUCGUAAAAUGUUGUUUUUCAUGAUAACGUUUUAUUGACGCUCCAUUUAGCACCUCGUCCCCUGAUCAUUAUCAAAAUGUCGUAUUUUUAAAACAGAUGAUAAUAUCUGUAUUUAAAUGGGUUAUAUUGCUCCAGUUAAAAUCCAACUUUUUUCAUAUUAUCAGUCAGAGGUUCGAUGUGGUCCUAAGAAGACCAAAGGACUUGUGGAAGACCUUGGUCUGCGAGAAUGCUUGGCAAAUUGAGUAAAGAUAGUUGUCUAAUUCAUGAAACUUCUUUUCUUUUACUGCCCUAGGGUUUUCUACAUACAUGGAAUAGGUUAUUAGGACACCGGUUCAACUAGGCAACACAUUUGGGAUUCAUUAGUUUAUAAAUUAACAUACAUGAAUAAAUACCAAGUGCAUAUUUGUUUUAGUAAUACUACAGAGCGUGCACGUGUGGUUUAUUACUUUUGAUAUCUUCUGUCCCAUGUAAAAAAUUUAACUGCCCUAUAUGUAGUCAUCAAAAGGAUGUAAACAAGUUUUGUAUUUAGUUGAAUCGUGUAGGAUUGGUAAAACCAUACAGGUGUAAUACUAUAAGUACGCUAAGGUAACACUACAUUGUAUUUUCAAAGGCUAUUAGAGGACAUUUACAUUUAACUUGAUAGCAAAGUCAAAUGUAUUGAUUUUUACGAACAUUUGCAAAGUCUUACAUUUCUUUAUAUUUUGUGCGAUAGUAAGUUUGUACAGUUCGUUUAAAUUGUAAACACCAUGUUUGUAAACAUUAAAGAUUGCGUUUUGUAACCUUAACUCCGGCUUCCAUAAUUUAGUGUUUCUAGUAUAAGAAAACGUGAGCUCUAGCUAAAACAAAACAUAAUCAGAAAGUGAGAGGUCAUUUUGUAAGUAGAGAAAUUUUGAAAUUGAAAACCUGUAAACAUGUAUGACCUAGUAAUCGAACUGUAUAUGUAAUUUAUUAUAUUAUAUUAUAUUAUAUUAUAUUAUAUUAUUGCAAAUAUAUAGGGAACAGUUUAUAAUGCUUUGU